GGUGCCAUUGUUGUUCUUCUUGUUGAAGAAGGAGUAGAGGAGAUGGGGGAAGAGGAUGAAGCCUGUGGUUAUGUUGUUGAAGAAGGUGAAGCAGAGGAUGAAGAAGAUUUUGGUGGGAUGGAGGGAAAUGUGGAAGUACAAGACUUGGUACUGGAUGGUGAGGAGGAAGAGGGGAUUGUUGAGGAAGAUAUGACGAAGGGGUUCAAAUUUAGAUUGGGAAUGGAGUUUAAGUCAUUGAAAGAAAAACAAGGAAGUAAGGAAUGCCUCUGCACCAACUUCUACUUCAGCUGGAAGGGCUACAUCUGCAUCAGCGGGAAGGGCUGCAUCUGCAUCAGCUGGAAGGAGAUCAAGAAGAGAUGAGGAAGAUAUCCGUCAAGGGGGAACAAGACUGGUUGGACACAUUAUAGGGUCUCAAGCAAGCUGCAAUUGAUUUUCUAGUGUAGGAAUCGACUUUUUGUAAUCAGUCUGACCCACCUAGGGAGACCAUUAGUAGUGGGUACAGUAUUUUUUGUCAUGUACAUUAAAGUAGUCAGGGACCACUAGCUAUUGUUGGUUGUAUUAUUGUGUUGUUUAUAGUGCUGAAGGACCAUUGGGACCACUUUAUCAGGCACCAUUACUAGUGUUGUAUUCGGUGCUGCUAUAUUAUUCAAUGUCUGGGACCAAUACUACUGUUGUAUUCAAUGUCAUGGACCACUUUUAUA